UGGAAGAGCCCAGCAGCUGCGGGAAAACAAUGUUUUGGCUUUAGAUGUUGAAACGUGGAGCUGAGGGCGAACCAGGCGAGCCACGACCACGGGCCAUGCUCCCGCGCCGGAUGACACUUAUUACCAACUCAUAGUUUUCCUGCCUGCCGGCUUUCACCAUGAACAUCAUUCAAGACAAACUAGGAAAUGAAUUCCUGCGCUCCAACGGGGGUAUGGACUCCAAUUUCGGCCCUGGCAUGAUUAUGUUCAGCCAUCUCCCGCCGGUGACCAGCUUCACCCGGCUGGCCGCCCACUCCGUCAUGCAGGACUUGCCACCGCAUGAGAUGAUCCUGAAGAAGGAGCGCGACUCACCUGACUGCAGCAUGGGCACCCAGGGUGGCUUCGGCUGUGCAGGAGUGGGAGACUAUGUUCACUCGAUGGGUAUCAAGCAGGAGAAGAUGUCAGAGCAUGAUUAUCGCCUGCCGCUCUACCCUGGAGGCCAUGGGAAGAGCACAGAUCUGCUGGAGGUGACAGUCAGUAACAACCAGAGCCUGCUGGUGCAUGACCUCAACAUGGGCAAUCUGCCGAGUCAGUUAGGAAAAGAGCCUGCUGGGAGAAAAGGUCGAAGGUCAAACGGUGAUGGACAGGAGGGUAAACCUAGAAAGAAGAGAAGCGAAGCAAAGCAUUCAAUGAUGCUGGAUGGAGAUGGAGGCAGCCUGUCACCAGGAAACAAGCCUCACAUCUGUGAGCACUGCGCUGCAUCGUUCAGAAGCUCCUAUCACCUACGCAGACAUGUCCUCAUUCACACUGGUGAAAGACCCUUCAGAUGCAACCAGUGCAACAUGAGUUUUAUUCAGAAGUAUCUUCUCCAGCGACAUGAGAAAAUCCACAGUGGAGAGAAGCCAUUCAGCUGUGACCAGUGCAACAUGCGAUUCAUUCAGAAGUACCACAUGGAGAGGCACAAGAGGACACAUAGCGGAGAGAAGCCGUACAGAUGUGAAACCUGCCAACAGUAUUUUUCUAGGACAGACCGACUGCUUAAGCACAAGCGAACCUGUGGAGAAGCCAUAAAGAAGGGGCUGGAUCCUGGGAUGAUGGACCUGGGUUGUGUUGACAUGGGCCAUGGCAGCUAUGGAAUCACUCAGGGAAAUGUUGGGAGUACUGGCAGAAAGAGGGGGAAGUCUAAAAAUGGUGGAGAGGGAGGGGAGCGCAGAAAGAAGAAGGGGGAUGCAGGAGGGGGAAGAGUACCGCACAUUCACGGUGCAGCGUCUGGAGGCUACAGCAUCCAUGACUACUCUAUGGAGAAUCAGACCGUAUCUUCCUCUACCGAGCCGGGGCCCAGCAUGCAGCAGAGCCACCAUGGCAGAGCUCCAAAGAUGGCCUUCAAGAGGGCCAAUCGCAAGAGUCCGGCCAAAGCAAGCCCGUUGGAGCAGAGUGUGGGCAUGGAUGGACUUGGCCUCAUGCAGGGUAAUGGAGCCAAAGUAGGCACCAGCAGCAGCAACUACGACGACGCCAUGCAGUUUCUGAAGAAGAGACGCUACCUUAACGCAGCAAACAAUGCAAACCCAUCAGGGCCUGUGGGGGCCGGGGUAACCAGCAGUGAGUACGAAGUCGGCGUUGGUCACUUGUCUUCCCAGCCAUCUGUCGUACAGGGCGUCAUUUCCAGUGUAAUGGACAGUGACUUGCCACUGAGUCUCGACAAGUCAGGGAUCCCUGAUGAAGUGCUGCAGAGCCUCCUUGACCACUACUCCCAGAAACAUGAUGGCUCGCACCACGACGUUCACUUUGACCUCAGUGACCAGCACGUGGACCUUAACUCCGUCUCAGCUGACAGUCCUGACAUCGGCCACGGCACAGACACCUCCAGCCCGUGUGGAGACAAGAACGUCAUGAUGCACGAGUACUCCCGCUUCCUGCUGCAGGCUUUGGAGCGCACCAGCCACACCACCAGCUUCCCUCUGGGCCCCGGGCCUUCCCCCUCAGGACCGUUCACCAGUUCCCACCAAGGCAACCCCCUCUACGCUGACAAGAACAUCUACACUACGUCCCCGCUGGAGUGUGGGUUUGGCCAGCCGGUGGCCUCGCCUUCGCUGCCCUCAUCUGUGCCAAAAUCUCACUUUGCAAUGCUGUCGGGCUCCUCGCCACAGCACAGCUUCCACCUGAGCGGCCUGGAGCCCACACACCAGCAGCUCACCCCGUCUCAGGAGCUCACCGACCAGAUGGAGAAGCAGCACUCCUCCACCCCCCCCUCCUCCUACCAGAUCAGCCCAUCUGACCUGAGCAGCGAUAAAAACCACCCGCCAGUGAAGAAUGGCACGGCAGUCUUCCCUCUGGCCCCCUCGCAGAAUCUGGCCCCUCUGGACUCCUCGAAGCCUUCCUACCAGAUUGAAAACUUUGCCCAGGCCUUUGGCUCCCAGUUCAAGUCAGAUGGCCGCGGCUUGUCUUAUGGCACUGACUCUGGCGGGGAGGUGGAUCACAGGAUACGGACGCCUGUGUCUGAAUUCUCAGGGUAUACUAGUUUGUUAUCUGAUGUCAAUGAGCCAGUAAGUACAGGUUCCAAAACUCCAACAAGCCAAAGCUACAGAUGAGAGCCUGAGAGGGAGAGAACACACUGUCGUUAAAGCUGAUGUUCUUAUUUUAGCUUUUUAGUGCUCCUAUUUUAUUAUUAUUAUUAUUAU